AUGAACGUGAUAGCGACGAAUGAUAUGGAUGAGAUCUAUGAGGAUCCUGAGUAUGGUGAAAUGGGAGAAUUGGAGAAGUUAUCGACUAAGGUUGAUGAGAGUGAGGACACGGAUGAUACGGCAGCGAGUGUGGAGGCAGCAGUGAAGCAGAAAGAGGAGAUAGUCGCCAUGGAGGCAGCAGCAGUGAAUGGUGGAGAUGGAGUUGGUGUCAACACUUUUGCAGCAGCGAUCGUGGUUGAAGAUGAAGCAGUAAAUGAGAAGUAUAUGGGAGUUGAAGCUGUGAAAGGGGACAUCCUGGGCGAGGAGGCGCGCGCGCUGGCAGAGCGCAAGGCCCUGGCGAAGAAGGACCAGCUCUGCGACCUCAGCGCUGCUCUCGCUGUGCUCGCCUCCAGCUCGUCGGUGGCAAAGGAGCGAGCUGACUUCCUGCGCCUCGUGAACAAAGAGAUCGAGCUGUACAACAGCAUGGUGCAGCAGCACGGCACAGAGGGUGCGGAGGAGCUGCGGGUGGCGUAUGCGGCAGCGAGGGAGGCGAGUGAGAAGGAGGCAAGCGAGGCCGCUGCUUCUGACGUGUCUGACGCACUCAUCUCCAAGGUGGACUCAAUGCUGCACAAGCUAGAGAAGGAACUGGACAGUGCAGACGCCAAAAUAGGCAAGCGACUCAAGACACUUGACACUGACUAUGACGGCAAGGUGAGCCCAGAGGAGGUGGGGGCGGCAGCAGCGCUACUGAGGGACAGCCUGGGGCAGGAGGGGCUGGAGGAGCUCAUCAGCAACCUCGCCAAGGACGCAGACGGAAAGAUUUUGGUGGAGGAUAUAGUGAAGCUUGGGGCACAUGCGCAGGUUUCCAUGGAUAGAGAUGAUGACGUGGACAGUAAAGUGCAGGGGGGCAUCAAGGGCGGCACUGGCAGCAGCAGUGGCACCGAUCGCCAAGCGGCUGCGCGAGCCUGUCUAGCAGCUGGUCGGAGCUUCGCUGGCCGCGAGCUCCGCCUGCGCCACUCCCCGCUCACCUGCAAGCCCGCGCAACGGCCGUUCAGAAUGCGCGUGAGCGCGGCGUCGGCGGAAGCGGAGGCGGCGGCAGCAGAGGCGGGGAAGUUCAUUCCCGCCGCGCCCAUCCUGCUGCCCGAAGGGCCGUGGAAAGAGGUGGAGGGCGGGGUGGUGGCGGCGAAGGGCUUCAAGGCGUACGGCAAGUACGCGGCGCUCAGAGCAGCAGGGCAGAAGCCGGACCUGGCGCUCGUGCUCGCGGACAGCGACGCCACCGUUGCAGCGACGUUCACUCAGAACGUGGUGGCGGCAGCGCCAGUGCUCUACUGCAAGAAGGCGCUGCAGGGGACCAGCACGGCUCGAGCAGUGAUAGCCAAUGCAGGGCAGGCCAACGCAGCGACGGGAGAUGCUGGCUAUGCGGACACCGUCGAGUGCGCUGAGUCCCUGGCCAAGCUGCUGGGUGUGUCAGCAGAGUCGGUGCUGGUGCAGUCGACGGGGGUCAUCGGGCAGCGCAUCAAAAAGGCUCCUCUUAUCGACGCUCUCCCCUCUCUCGUUGAUGCUGCCUCGUCCACCCCUGAAGCCGGGCUGGCAGCAGCAGUGGCCAUCACAACCACGGACCUGGUUAGCAAGAGCGUGGCCAUCGAGACGCAGAUUGGCUCAACAACAGUGCGAUUGGGCGGCAUGGCCAAGGGGUCCGGCAUGAUCCACCCCAAUAUGGCCACCAUGCUCGGGGUGGUGACAUGUGACGCAGCAGUGGUGCCUGAUCUGUGGAAGCAUGUGGUGCUCACAGCCGUGCAGCGCAGCUUCAACCAGAUCACCGUGGAUGGGGACACGAGCACCAACGACUGUGUGAUAGCGCUGGCGAGCGGCAAGGCAGGGGGGCCUGUGAUAGCAGACAGUGCAUCGGAGGAGGGCAGGCAGCUGCAGGCUGCCAUGGACGCGGUGUGUCAAGGGUUGGCCAAGGCCAUCGCAUGGGAUGGGGAGGGCGCCACUUGCCUCAUCGAGGUGCAUGUAUCAGGAGCGAAGACGGAGGCGGAUGCAGCAGUGGUGGCGCGCUCGGUGGCAGCAUCAUCCCUUGCCAAGGCGGCAGUGUACGGGCGCGACCCCAACUGGGGGCGCAUAGCGUGUGCAGCGGGGUACGCAGGCGUGCCCUUUGACCCCACGGCGCUUCGCAUUGCCCUGGGUGACAUUCUGCUCAUGGACAAGGGGCAGCCGCUGCCGUUCGACAG